CCCACACACAGCAGUCCAAACACAGCGAACAGAGCGAGCCGCGCCCGAGCGUCAAUUGGAUUCCCAAGCGCACUCUGGACACGUUACUUGCUCUGCUUUGACCUCUCACGGGAAUCAAGCGCGUGGAAAAGAGGAAAUAUUUGCGCUUCAACAAUGGCUGCUCUCAGCGUAUCCAAUACAAGUUUUGCUCUGGAGCUGCUGCGCAGCCUAAGCCUGACAAACCCCAGCGGAAACCUCUUUGUCUCACCGCUCAGCAUUAGCUCAGCGUUGGCGAUGGUCUACCUGGGAGCCAAAGGUGCCACGGCGACACAGAUGGCCCAGGCCCUGUCCUUCACAUCUGGUGAACGCGUCCACGCAGACUUCCAAGCUCUCAACACUGACAUCAACUCUCCCUCGGCGACGUACACCCUGAAAGUGGCCAAUCGCCUUUAUGGAGAAACCACUUCCCAUUUCCUCUCUGAAUUCCUCGAUGCCACACAGAAGUACUAUGAAGCUGAUCUGAAGACCGUUAAUUUCAUCGGGGCUCCAGAGGCGUGCAGGGCAGAGAUUAAUGGCUGGGUGGAGGAGCGGACCGAGAACAAGAUUCAAGAUCUUCUGAAGCCGGGAACGCUCAGCAGCAUGACCAGAUUGGCUCUGGUCAACGCCAUCUACUUCAAAGGCAACUGGAAGCAUCGCUUCGAUCCGGUAAACACCAAGGAGAUGCCCUUCAAAGUCAACCAGAAUGUGACCACGACGGUGAAUAUGAUGUAUAUGAUGAAGAAAAUGCCUUACAACUACAUCCCCGAGCUGGGUCUGCAAAUCCUGGAGUUGCCGUAUGUAGACGACCAGCUCAGCAUGGUCAUCCUGCUUCCCGAAGAGUCGACUGAUGGCACAGAACCACUGCUGAAGCUAGAAAAGGAGCUUACCCAGUCAAAGCUGGGCGAGUGGACCAACAAAGACAGCAUGGACAUCCACUCCGAGAUCCGUGUCCAUCUGCCAAAGUUCAAACUGGAAGAGGAGUACGAGCUGAAUGAACCUUUGGCCAAACUGGGCAUGACAGAUGUCUUUUGCGCCGCCAAAGCUGACCUUUCCGGAAUGAAUGGCGAGGGGGGCCUUUCUCUGUCCACGGUGGCCCACAAAGCCUUCGUGGAGGUCAAUGAGGAGGGCACCGAGGCUGCUGCAGCCACUGCCGGCAUCGCAUCCUUCUGCAUGCUCAGGGAGGAACACUUCACGGCCGACCACCCCUUCCUCUUCUACAUUAGGCACAAUAAGUCCAACGCCAUCCUUUUCCUCGGAAGGUUCUCCUCUCCUCACUAGACAAAUAAGAUCAACUCAAAUCAAAUAAAAAACAAAAAUGUA